GUCACUUGCUACACUAUGUUCAGUUUAGUUAGGUAGUAUUUAGUCUUAUCUCCGUCUGAUAAUAAAUAAAAUACGGGCCCUGUAAUAAAAGCAAACGUAUACAACGCACAAGUGACAAUGUCGCUCCCCGCAGUCAAAAAAUAAAAUGUCAAGUCAAAAUGAAAUGGAGGCGGGCGUCGUGAAAAUAGCCGAGGACAGCGACUUCGACAUGCUGAAGAAGCUCGUCGACGAACACACCCACUGGAAGGUCGAGUACGACAAAGGAGAGGACGUUAAGAAAGGGGAAAAGCAAAUGCAAGAAUACUUUGUAUGGACCAAGACGACACCUGGUUGCAACUUCAAAAUGGUCAAAGUACAAACAGUCUUCCAUAAUAUACCAGCAAACACCAUGUUCGAUGUCUUACAUGACCCCGAUUAUAGGAAAGAAUGGGAUGAACACAUGCUGGCCUCAGUAGAAAUAGGAUACCUCAAUCCGAACAAUGACGUCGGUUACUACGCCCUAUCCUGCCCAGCGCCUGUAAAAAACCGCGACUUCGUCCUUCAGCGCUCUUGGCUCGAUUUAGGCGACGAAAAGCUCAUCCUCAACCAUUCGGUCUUUCACAAAGACUACCCCCCUCGUAAAGGCUUUGUCAGAGCAAUCUCACAUCUGACGGGGUUCGUGGUCCGGCCGUUCGAGAAGGGGUGUUUUCUCGGCUACAUCUCCCAAACCGACCCCAGGGGAAAACUCCCCAUUUGGCUGGUGAACAAAAUCACGCAGAAAUUCGCCCCUAAGGUAGUGAAACAGCUGAAGAAGGCCGGAGAAGGGUACGAGUAUUGGAAAUCGAGACAGAAAAAUCCCCUGGACAAGCCUUGGGUUUACCCGGAACUAACCCUCCUCGCUCCAAAGGUGUCAAUGAGUGAUUGUGUGCCAACGAGCAGCGACACGACGUUGAGCUGUUCCUGCUUAGAAGACGACGAAACCGAAUAAAUCGCACGCUUGUAAGAAAACGAAUAAUAAAAAUGUGGAUAUUUACGAAAUCGAAUUUUUAAAGUCAGACGGGUAAUUAGGGCCUAGACUAGUAUUCAAUUAUGAACAGAAUUCGUUCUAGAACUGAUCAAUUUUUCGAAAUUUAAUAAUUUUGAUAGUAUUUGAGAUAAUAGUUGAUAUUUAGAUCUAGUCCGUUGUUAAUACCUCGUUGGGUAAAUUUGUAGAAUAGAAGUUAAAAGAAAUAUUUACGAAAACGAGAGGCCUAUUUGGUGUUAGUGUUAUCAAAGAGAAAUUAUUGCAUUUAUUGAGAGUAUUACGUGUCCGAAAACAAAAAAAGUGACCGCACUUUUACCAAUUCGCAGAGCUUAUUAGAAGAUAACAAUUAUUGUAUUUGUUUUUUUUUGAUAUUUGAAUUUUAUCUACUUUAAAUCAUUUUCCUUAUCAGAAUUAUGCUAAUUAAUAACCGAAUUUAAAUACACAUCAUUUAAAAGACCAAUUAAUGCAUUCUUAUUAGACAACCAGUCCGGCACUGGUGAAAAUACAAUUUUCGAACCACUUUAAACUUCUCACUCGAGAUGAUAUUUUGGAUGGAAUCUUUGUCACAUUUUAUAAUGAGUAUUAUUUAAUAGUUUUAAACUCUAUUUAUAGCCACUUAGUAUUAUGUAAAAAUUCUAAUUAUAUCUAAUGUUAAAACGCGUGAGAUAAGCCAGAUUCUUAAUAAAUCAAAACAUAAUUAAGCCGUUCUCUCAAAACCCCUAUUAGUUGAUUAUGAAUUUUCUACAAAAACGGGGAUUAUUUUCACCAUUCAAUGAGCACAAGUUAUGUUAAUUUGGUAAAAUAUUCUUGUUAAAUUGUGAAUUAAUAAAUAAAACGUUCUUUAAA